AUGACUCCCAGUUUGCUCGGCCAAGUUGGCCUCAUGGCUUUGGUAGCGUGUCUCGGUCUACUACUAUGUCAACGACUAUUGAAGCGGAAGGCAGGCUAUCGCCUUCCUCCUGGGCCGAAGCCUCUGCCUAUUGUCGGCAAUAUCCUUGAUCUCCCGCCGAAAGGAGAGCCAGAGUUCUUACAUUGGUUCAAGCACAAAGACACUUAUGGCCCAAUUAGUUCCAUCACUGUAAUGGGCCUAAAUCUCAUCAUCUUUCAUGAUAAAGAGGCUGCACAUGCGGUAAUGGGGAAAAAAGCCCAGAAGACAUCUGCAAGACCGCAGCUCAAUUUUGCUACGCUAUGUGGUUUCGAAAACUUCCUGAUAACCCAUCAGUAUAACAAUACAUAUCGCAAGCAUCGAAAAAUGGUCCACCAGGAGAUUGGUACUAAGUCACUGUCCGCCGGUUUCCAAGGCACUCAGGAAAAGGAAGCUCUGCACUUCACCCUACAGACGUUGCAUGAUCCUGACAACAUACUGAAACAUUUAAAACGUCUGGCGGCCGCUGUUGUAUUGAGAAUUACGUAUGGAUAUUCGGUGGAAAGGAAUGGGCCAGAUCCGCUCGUGGAUGUAAUUGAGCACGCGAUGGAGAAUCUGUCCCGUGCGUUUGUACCACUUUCUUGGGCGGUCGACGCUGUCCCUGCCAUCAAGCAUCUUCCUGACUGGUUCCCUGGCACGUCGUACAGGAAGACGGCCAAAGAGUGGAAAGGAAUCAACGAGGCCGCCGCAGAGCUACCAUACGAUUUCGUCAAGCGGCAGAUGUCACAAAAGGCCCACCGGCCGUCGUACGUUUCUAACCUACUGGAGAAAAACAUGAUCAAGACCGGUAAUGAAACCAGCAUGACAUUGGAUGACGAAGAAGCUAUCAAAUGGACUGCUGUCAGUCUCUACGCCGCAGGCUCGGAUAGUACAGUCGCCAUCAUAACAAGUGUCAUCUGUGCCCUGGUCAUCUUUCCAGAAGUGCAGCAACGGGCGCAGGAAGAAAUUGAUCGUGUGGUUGGAAAUGAUCGGCUCCCUACUUUCGACGACAGACAGAAUCUACCUUAUAUUGACGGCAUCGUGAAAGAAGCUUGGCGAUGGAACCCCGUGGGACCGAUGGGGUUGACACACAAAUCCGAAGAAGACAUUGUGUAUGGGGAGUACAUGAUUCCCGAGGGCUCUUACUUACUUCCCUCUCUCUGGUGGUUCUUGCAUGACCCAAAAGAUUACUCGGAUCCACACACUUUUAAACCGGAUAGGUAUAUGGCGCCACUGAACGAGCCUGAUCCUGGUGAUCUCGCCUUCGGCUACGGGCGACGAUCUUGUGCCGGCCGUUUUUUCGCCGACGCAAGUGUUUACAUUACCCUUGUGCAAUUGCUUGCCGUUUUUCGAAUUCGAAAGGAGAGGGAUGCAAACGGAAACGAGAUUCCCGUAAAGCUGGAAGCUAUUCCAGGAAUGGUCAAUCGUCCCAAGGAGUUUGAGUUCAAGGUCGAGCCACGGAGUCCACGUCAUGUCGAGCUUCUCCGUCGCAUCGAGGGAGAGCAGGAGCCAGAAUUCAGCGACGCAGGCCGUCUCAGUACCAAGGCCGGGUAA